AUGUGCCAAGAUGGAGAAACCAUUGAGUCUUCAAAAUUCACCAAUGUGCCUGUUUUGUCAAAUAUCAUCCAUCCUCAGCUUAGUUUCUUUGUGAGAGCAUUUGGAUCUAGGGUAAGGCACAAUAACCGCAGAGCUGCUAGAUCUCGUACGCCAUCUUCGGUAAGGCAGGCAAGAAGGAGGUAUAGACAAAGCCAAAGAGCUCAAGUGCCUACUGAACCUUCAAACAAUAAUGCUCAAAGGGAGGCUACAAGAAGGAAUGAGAGAGGUCGACCAGAGGCUUCCCAAAGACGUGGGAAUGGACAAGAAGGGGGCAGACAAGGAAGGAGAAAUGCGAGAUCUCGUUCCCAGCGGAGUCCAUCUCCUAAUGUCGAAGAUGUUGACGAUAGACCACGAUGGAUAAGCCGAUCUCCCAUUAAUAGAAUGGUGGAUCCCAAUUCAAAUUCACUGCAUAAUGCUGAGGAAGAAGAUAGUGCAGAGCACCAACCAGAUGUCAAUGAGCCUAGUCCUGAAAAUGUUGAACGCGAACAGUCUCUUCCAGAACCUACUGAAGCACAGGAUAAUGAACUUCCCCAGCUCGAAUCAGGUCCACCUGUUGAAGAUAAUGGUGUAGAAGUGUGCUGUAUAUGCCUGAUUGCAUUUAGUACUGAGAAGGAAAGUCUGCGUUUGCACUGCGGUCAUCGAUUCCACACUCAAUGCAUAUUGACGUGGCUAGCGGACCACAUCACCUGCCCCUACUGCCGUGCUGAACUCUUUUAA